CAACGGCCUCCGCGGCCCGCAGCAUCACGUGAACACGAACCACCGCGGGCCGGGCUCCUCUGUCCCGCAGCAGCGGCGAAGGCAGCUCUAUGGUCGCCUGAGGAGUCGCUGCCGGAGAGCAGCCGAGAAGCAAGUACGGGGCCUACAAUGGUUCUGCACAUGCUACAUCUUUGAUUGCUUCAGAAAGACCCUAAGAGCUGGUAUGGAAUGAGCCAGUAGCAAGUGGAACCUAAAUCUAGUCUAAUAUCCCAGGACUAAGAGAGCUGGUUUUUAUGGUUACCUCAGCCAGGCUGUUGCUUUCAAAGACAAUCAGCUUCUUCAAGUUGCUCUGGGUCCUAAAGACAGUCAUCUUCUCCAUAUCAGUCUGCAUCCAGAAUGUUUUGUCUUCGUUUCUUCCCUGCUGUGGCAAGAUUGGCUGUUGUUUCCCGAAGAUACCAUGGAUCAUCACAGUUUACUCAAAAUAGGCGCCGAUUGAUGAUGGCAGCUUUCCUGGGAACAUCUGCAGUUGCAGCAAGCACAGGCCUAUUAUGGAAGAGAGCCCAAGCAGAAUCUCCACCAUCAGUAAAUGAAAAUCUAAAGAAUAAAGCCGAGGACAGUAGAAGGAGUAAAGAUGAAGAAACCUUUGAAAAUAAGGAUAUAGAUUCUACUCUUGAACCUCCACCAGAAGAGAAAAAGAAGAAACAUUCCGGAUUCAGGGACCGAAAGGUGAUGGAAUAUGAGAAUAGGAUUCGUGCCUACUCCACUCCUGACAAAAUUUUCCGUUAUUUUGCUACUUUGAAAAUAAUAAGUGAAUCUGGUGAAGCUGAAGUGUUUAUGACACCACAAGAUUUUGUGAGAUCCAUAACUCCAAAUGAAAAGCAGCCAGAAAAUUUGGGCCUGGAUCAGUACAUAGUGAAACGCUUUGAUGGAAAGGUUCCUUUAUCAAAGGAAAACAAGAAAAGGCUAAUAAAAAACAAGAAACAGAAAGUUUUGGAGAAAGGCAAAGAAAAGCAUCAGAAUGAACAAGAAAUUAAUUACCCUGCAGAGCAUCAAAACCCAGAGCUAUCCAACAUUGUCCUUCUAGAUGAGCAGAAAAAGAAAAUAUCUCAGGAACGAGAGAGAUUUGCUGAUGAAGACAGCAUAUUUUUCUCACUUGGAGAGUGUGGACUCAUCUCCUUUUCUGACUACAUCUUCCUCACAACUGUCCUUUCCACUCCUCAGAGAAAUUUUGAAAUUGCCUUCAAGAUGUUCGACUUAAAUGGAGAUGGAGAAGUAGAUAUGGAGGAGUUUGAACAGGUUCAGAGCAUCAUUCGAUCCCAAACUAGCAUGGGCAUGCGUCAUAGGGAUCGUUCCACCACUGGCAAUACCCUCAAGCCCGGCUUGUGUUCAGCCCUAACAACCUACUUUUUUGGCCCUGAUCUCAAAGGGAAGCUGACCAUCAAAAACUUCCUAGAGUUUCAGCAUAAACUUCAGCAUGAUGUCCUGAAGUUAGAGUUUGAGCGUCAGGACCCUGUCAAUGGGCGGAUCACCGAGAGACAGUUUGGUGGCAUGUUGCUGGCCUACAGUGGCGUCCAGUCCAAGAAAAUGAAAAUCAUGCUGAAGCAGCUCAAGAAACACUUCAAGGAAGGACAGGGCCUAACAUUCGAAGAGGUGGAAAACUUCUUUACUUUCCUGAAGAACAUUAAUGAUGUAGACACUGCACUGAGCUUUUACCAUAUGGCUGGAGCAUCCCUUGAUAAAGUGACCAUGCAACAGGUGGCCAAGACAGUGGCUAAAGUGGAACUCUCAGACCACGUGUGUGAUGUGGUGUUUGCACUCUUUGACUGUGAUGGCAAUGGGGAGCUGAGCAACAAGGAGUUCGUUUCCAUCAUGAAGCAGCGGCUCAUGCGAGGCCUGGAGAAGCCCAAAGACAUGGGCUUCACCCGCCUCAUGAGGGCCAUGUGGAAGUGUGCUCAGGACACUGCCUGGGACUUCGCCUUUCCCAAAUAGUGACCCAAAGCGCCUACAGGGCGAAGACUGCCCCAGCAGCUCCUGUACCCCUAGCAAGACCAAUGGGAAUAGAGGGAAGACCGAGGCUGCUAAGCCACAAACUCCCGGCCAGCCGGGGGCCCCUCAGAGGGCAGGAUCCCAUCGACUCUACCAGCCACCUUUCUCCCCUUUUCCCAGGGCUUAGUCAACACCAGGAGUUUUCUUUCUGCCUCCUUCACAGUCUGCCUUCUCCUCUAUGUCUCGUAACCAAGACUGAUGGAUGUAGUGUAUGGAGGGCCAGAGAACAGGCCUAGAGUUUGAGGGUGGCAGUGAGAGCCUGAGGAAGUGCCCCUGGAGGAAACAUUCAGUCCUCCAUUUCCUUCUUUAUCCUAGCAAUAUUUUUAAAGAAGUUAUUUGCUUUUCCCCCUCACUUUUUUUAAAAAGAAAAUUCCAUAUUGGGGAAAACUCUGGGCAGCGGUGCAGUCAUCCAUGGUGUGUGGUCAGGAAGGAAACUUGGUCACUGUUGAAGGGUUUGGCCAGUGGAAGAAUGUUUUAUGCUCUGGGCUGGCCCUCCAGCUUGCUCAAAGGAGGUAAUGUUCAUCGAGAGGAAACACCCAGCAACCCCGAGCUCCUGAUUUGUAACCAAGAAGGAAUGAAGAGUAUUGUGUUUACCUCCUGGGCUCCUCUGAAAAAGCGGCAACGAUGCUCGACUUAAUGAGCAGAAUUAGUUGUCUGGCUUCUUUCUGCCGUGCCAUUUCUGAUUACUUCCCCUUGGGAGCCAUGCUUCCGAGCAAGAGAGGCUUAGAUCGGAACCUAUAUCUGUCCUCAGUCUUAAACACUUAUAAAAUAUCACUUUAAUUAUACCCCUUUGCAAUGAA